AAGCAAGAGCUUCAACUAGUGUCUUGUCAACUAUCACGAUUUAACGCAAUUAUGGCAGGGAUUUUCCUUUUUUUAUUCAUUUCAAACACGAUUUGGGGUCGAUGUAUUUCUUCCAACGUACUAGGGGUCAGUCCUAACAGAUUGCCAUUUUAUGACCCAAGUAAAGAUUUCACAUGUCUAGAUGGAUCUCGGCUUCUAAGGUUUUCAAGUGUGAAUGAUGAUUACUGUGAUUGUGCUGAUGGAUCUGACGAACCAGGUACAUCUGCAUGUCCUAAUGGCCGUUUCUUUUGCGAAAACAAUGGAUAUUUAGCGGACCUGUUACCAUCUUCCAGAGUUAAUGAUGGCAUCUGUGAUUGCUGUGAUGGCUCUGAUGAAUAUAGCGCUACGGGAAUGUGUCAGAAUAAUUGUCUAGAACUAGGAAGAGAAUAUAGGGAGCAAAAGCAAAAGGAAAAAGAAAUAUUCAAUCAAGGGGUUGCAUUACGUGACGAAUUAUCAAAAGAGGGAAAGUCUAAAAAAGAACAGCGAUUGAGUGAAGUUGCUGAUUUGAAAAAGCAAGCAGAUGAAAAAAAGGAAGUCGCCGAAAGUCUAAAAGCUCACAAGGAGAACGUCGAGAAAUUGGAGAAUGAAGCGAAAGAAAAACAUGACAAGGAAUGGGAAGAGAAAAUCAACAAACUAAAGGCGGAGAUGGAUCUAGAACGGGCAAAUGGUGCCUUUGCCUCCCUUGAUAGUGAUCAAAGUGGCAGCAUCUCGUUUCAAGAAAUUCAAGCUGCUACUAUUCUUGAUAAAAUUUACACUGAAGAGGAAGCAAAAGAAUUGAUUGGUGGUCAGGAUUCUAUUGAAAAAGAAGUAUUUUUAUCCGAGCUAUGGGAAAGUAAAUUUAAGGACAUAUUCAACAAAACCAAGUCGUCGGAAGACAAGCCAGAAGAACAAUCAGAGAAUGGCCCACCGACUGAAAUACCUCCACCUGUCGAGGAGCCUGAGACUCCCAUGGAGGAGGACGAUGAUGACGCUGAAGAUGAAAAAGAUCUCGAUAGUGUUACUGGACUAGAUGAUCAUGAUGAAGAUGACGAGGACGAUGACGAUGUUGAGGAGAGUGAAGAGGAAGGAAUAUCUCCACCUGCUCCAGGUCCUGCUGCAUCCGAAGACGAAGAUGGGCUUCCAAAUAAACCAGAUUACGAUGACGAAACCAAACAGCUCAUAGCAGAGGCUGAUAAAGCCCGAAAAGAGUUUGAUGAUGUGAAUCGUGAGAAAGAUGACCUGCUCAACAAACUGGCUGAGAUUGACCGAUUAAACAAGAUUGACAUGGGAGAACACGAAGAAUUUUCACCUCUGCAUGGUGAAUGCUUUGAUUUCAAUGACAGAGAAUAUACCUACAAACUCUGUCCAUUCGAUAAGGCGUCACAGUCCUCGAAAAAUGGUGGCUCAGACGUGUCAUUAGGGACAUGGGGAGAAUGGUCGGGAAAUCCUAACAAAUAUACAGAAAUGAAGUUUACAAACGGCUUAGGUUGUUGGAACGGACCAAAUCGAUCUACCAAGGUGAAACUUAGCUGUGGAACUAAAAACGAGUUGGUAGGCGUAUCCGAACCUAGUAAAUGUGAAUACGAAUUUAUUUUCCAUACACCAGCUGCAUGUCACCCGGAUUAUCUGGUACACGACGAGUUCUAAGUGAAUAUUUAGGUAGAUAAUAUUUGUUAUUUGCAUUCGUCAUAUUUAACUAUGUGGUCUCGCUCUUCACGACAGUCAAUGUCAACCAUCUCUUUAAACAAUCGUUUUAUCCAGAAUUCAUUAUUAACAAACGUUCGACCACUCCUGAGUAUGACGUAAUGAACUUCAAUUUUUGAAAGAAUAGAGAAGCUUUAAUAUUUGAUAUGCUCAAGAAUAAAGUGUGAAUUUA